AUGAAUUCUGCCUGUAUUUUCAAGGGCCUGGGUUUCAGCCCCCCUGCACACUCCCGUAACGACUGGAUCGGCCCCCCCGACAAGCACUCCAACCUGCGGCGGGUCAUCUUCUAUGUGCCCCCCAAGGAGUCGCCCCUGGAGCGGCGGCUGCGGGAGGCGCGGCAGGAGGCCCAGGCCUGCGACCAGCGCUUCUGGGCACGGCACAACUGCGCCUUCCGCCAGGAAAAAGAAGAAUUUAUUUAUUCAAGACUGAAAGCCAAGGGUCUGGAAAUGAGAGAUGAAACAGGUCAAAAAGCAACACUGAAUGCAGAAGAAAUGGCUGACUUUUACAAGGACUUUCUAAGUAAAAAUUUUAGAAAGCAUAUGCAGUAUAACAGAGAAAAAGCACUUUUCAUAAUUAAACUCUGGAAAAUUCAUAAGAAAAAGGUACCUAAAAGUCUCCUUCACCAUGGAAAAAACCCUACAAUCACUACGAAGAUUAUCAAGGAUUUAAUACACUUCUGCAAUGGUUCAGUGACUGAGGCAGGUGAAUACAGAAAUAAAUGCAACUUCCUGUGACUCAUAUGCAGUGAUUAAUAAUUCUCAUAACCCUGAAUAAGCAACCGAAACCCCAAGGGAGCAUAAACUCACUGAAAAGUGAGAGUAUAGAGGAAGGAAAGGAGGUACGUAAAUGGAACGCUAUCUUUCUUCGUGUAUAAGCACUAAAAAUUUUUCAGAGUGAAUAUGGAGAAGAGAGUUUUUCCAAGGUAGAAAGGUGCUGGCAGUCAACUAUCAGCUGACUACAGAACAUGGAAGCAAGUGAGGAAGAAAGUUGCUUCAUCUUUCAAUGAAAUGAGAGGUAUGGCAGAAGCAAAGAAGGAACAGAAAUUGCUGGUUGAGCGGAGUAGGUACGUAUUGGUGGGAGCAUUCCCUCGUAGAGGUGGGAACCUACUCCUUGAAUGCAGGGAGUAAAGAUACAAGUCUAAUUAUCAUCAUAAGCUCUCCUCUGCAAACCCUUAACCUGUUGGGAAUUUUGAUGCUUAAAAGUAGGAUCUUGGAAAAUACUGACAGUGUCUGUAAAUUCAUAUAGCAUAGAGUAUUAUAGUUUGUUAAAGGGUGCAAUUCUUAACCCCUUGAUCACUUGUUACUGUGAAGAUCACAGUGGAAAUUUGGAUAUAUAAAUAUAGCUGUGUUGCUGAAAUUGUCUAGUAUUUUUCUUUAUGUUCACAUUAAUAUUGACAUGCAAAUUCUCUAAUAGUUUCUAGCUUUCAAGUGGUUACUUUAACUGUAUUACCUGAGGUUUUUAAGUCUGUUUUUCAUAACAGAAAUGUUUUAAAGCUAACUGAAUGGGCUUCUUAAACCUUUCAGUAUCUUUUGGGCUUUAACAAUAGCACAGCUCUGUAAUAGCUGCGAGAUGAAAAGAAUUCUGGAUAGCAAAAUGUUAAUGUCCACAGCAAGCAUCCUGCUCUGUUUAAAAAAAGUAACAGAAAUAAACUAAUGAAAUGGCCUGUUAAGAGUUGAAUUAACACUGCAUGCUUUAUUUCCUUGUUCUUUCUCUGUGGAUAGAAAAAAGCAUGCUGGCUUUCAUUUGUUACAGCUUUCUAGAAAUCCUUGUGACUCUGAAACAGGGGAAUUCACUUGCAUGUAAAUAAAGCUUAUUGACUUGGGAAGCAGCAUCAUGAUCAGUGUUUAUUUUACUUAGUACUUUAAUGCCACGCCCAACAGUGGGUUCCCGAUGGUGUUUUCAGGCACCUUGACUAUGACAAUGAGUCAUGUCAAACAAAAUACACUCCUUUUACUCCAAAGUGCCUGAACUCCCUGAUAACAAGGUAGCUCUGCAUGCAGUAAUUGCACAUAUGCUCAAAGGAAUUAGGCUGAAAUUGUGUCUGGGACUGCAUACUUGACACUUUUGACUCUUGAGCACUGAUUUUUAUGUUUCCUCUUUUCCAUAAAGUACAUUCUUGUAGGAAAUAUAAACUAAAAGCAUAUGCAACUGUCAAGCGAUUGUGAUGAAAAGCCAGACAGGUUGCCGAAUCUGGCUUUUCAGUAUUUAUUAUUGCCAGGAUGCUUUUAAACAGCACUUUAGCAGCAGUUGAAAUUAUUCCAACGUAGUGCUUUAUUGUAGCCCAUAUUUAUAAAAUGAAGUCAUAGAUUUUAUAGACUGUAGGAUUAGAUUUAAAAAACUUUUGUCUCUGUUGGAGGAAAGAUCCUCUAAGCCAGGAGGAUAAUUUUUUUUAAUAACAAUGGUAAAAGAAAACGAUCCUCACUUCUUAAAUGAAGUGAACCUGAAUUUCUUUAUAGAUGCUUGCUCUGUUUGUGGAUGUCAGUCAAACCAAAUCUUAGUUUGCUGCGUGUAUUUCUCACACUGUUGCACCUCAAAACGUAAAAGCUUUAUGCUGUGUUAGUUGAACUGUUUGCUUUUUUCUCUCCCACUGUGAAUUACAAACCUCCCUCUCUCUUCUGGGAGAGGAGGGAAAUGGGUAUAUUGAGAAUAAAGAAUCCAGCACUAAAUAAUGUGUUUUGGGGUUUUGUUUUAAUAUCCACUCAGAUGUCUGCAGAAAACCACAGUGACCUUGUUGGUGGCAGACAAAGAAUAUUCUAGAGACAGCAUGUCUAGGUCAUUUCAUCCUAAAAGCAGGGCAUAUAGCAUAACUAGUUCCCUAAGAGAAGAUGGAAAUGUGGGCAGUAAAUAGUUUUUACUACUAGAUGAACUUGGAUAAUUCUUAUGUAGAUGGGACAGGAAAAACAAGAUCCAAAUGGAGAUGAACUCUUACAAUAUUUCAUGUGAGGCAGAAGCUUGAGGAAGAAGCACGCUCACCAUGUCUGUUCUGUGUCUGUCUUCUGCUGUGUGCCAUAAACAGAGAGGAGUAAUACUGCACUUUAGUUCCAUUGAACUAAUCAACCUUCCUGCAGGAGGGAGCUUAUAGUGUGUGCUGCUUACGUGGGAAAUUGCCAGCAUGCAUAUACUUGAUUAGCCAGCGUAUUAUGAAUCAGGGUCAUAGCUGGAGUAGUUGCUUUGUUCAGAGAUGCUCAGAUCCCUCGGGUAAGCAGCUAAUUGCAGGAAAUCUUUUAAAGCAAAUGUGUGAUAGGAAGCAAUGAAUAUUGUUUAUUCAAAAGACAGGAGUGGUUCCUUUGAAUCAGUUCUCUUGCAUAAUUAUGUAAUUGGGGCAUGUUCUAUUUUUAAUUAAAUCUCUUGCAUAUUCGUGAAAAUUCUCUGAACCUGUGGGCCAAUUUGUGUGACUCUUACUUUUAAAAUGUAGUUUGUAUAAAGGAAUGCCCUUCAAUCUUUUUUUCCUCUUUCAUAUUACUGUACAAACACAUAUUUCACAUUAUUAUACAUUAGCCUGUAUUGCCUGUCAAAACUACAAUAUGAUGUUAAACCAUUAAUACAAAAUUGCCGGAGAAAUGUUUUAAAUGGAGAUGAAGAAUACAAGAAGCUGCUGCCCUGAAAUACUAGUAUCACAGAUGGUUUUUUGUGGGACAGCUUGACCUGUGUAAGAUAUCAAUCAGUGAGCAGUAUUCAGAAAGUAUAUUUCAGUUCCCCCAGCUUCUCAAAUCCAACAGUGACUCUCUGUAUUUGCAGUCUGCAGACAAUCCAUGUUCCCCUUUGUUUUGUUUCUUGUGGACUUCUGUGACUCUUCCUGUUCUUCUGCCUUUUUGACAACAGCAUUAGCUUUGACUCCUCUUCCAUCUUCCUGCUGCUUCUUAGCAGUCUUGCUUUCUCACCUGACUCUUGUUCUCACAUCUGCCAUUUUGUAGACUUGCUCAAUGUUUUAUGUGAGGGCAAACAGAUGUAAGCUCUGCUUUCCUUGUGUAUUUUAGAUAUUGGCA